UUCCAAAUUCAAGAUGUCCACUCACAAGAAGAAGACAAGGAAGCUUCGUGGACACGUAAGCCACGGCCAUGGCCGUAUCGGUAAGCACAGGAAACAUCCUGGUGGUCGUGGUAACGCUGGUGGUAUGCAUCACCAUCGUAUCAACUUCGACAAGUACCAUCCAGGAUACUUUGGAAAGCUUGGUAUGAGGAACUACCACUUACGACGAAACACCAAGUGGUGUCCGACCCUAAAUUUGGACAAAUUGUGGACCCUUGUUUCCGAACAAACAAGAUUGAAGUAUAAGAAUUCGAGUGAUGGAAAAGCUCCGGUCAUCGAUCUUGUCAAAGCUGGGUAUUACAAACUUUUGGGUAAAGGACGCCUGCCCAAGCAGCCUGUCAUUGUCAAGGCUAAAUUCUUCAGCAAACAAGCCGAAGACAAGAUCAAAGCUGUCGGCGGUGCGUGUGUUCUCAGCGCGUAAUUAUUUAGAUUAACAGCUAAAGGGAUACUCAAACCUUGCACAUACGAUCACCAUCUGUGUACUAUUCAUAAUAAAAGAAAAAUCUUGAA